UGACUCCUCCAGCCACUCCCGGCCCGCCACCUGUCAUUUCAUUCUACAAAUCGUGGGACCCUUUUGGCGCCUUUUCCAACUUCUCCCCGCAUCCCAUCCGCCUCCCCCUGGUCCUCCCCCUCUCUCUCCCUUCCUCCCCCUUUGCCAACGCUGCUGCUGAUGCUGAUGCUUCCGAGGGGAAAGAGGUGCUAUGGCAAACAGUCGAACAUUUUUAUCAGGCUCAAAAGUUUACAUUCAAGCCACAUGAACAUGAGGCGGCAGUGGCAGUGCGGGAGAUUCGGGCAGCUGAAACUCCGGAAGAGGCUGCCCGGAUUGGCCGUGCUCUGGAGCGGAAAAGACCAGACCUUCUGCGGCCGAACUGGCAGGAGGAGAAGCUAGCAGUCAUGCGGGCAGCGCUAAGAAAGAAAUUCACGACAUACCCACACCUGAAAGAGCUCCUGCUCUCCACUGGAGAUUCACCUCUUGUGGAGGCGUCUACGCACGAUUUUUUCUGGGGGAGUGGGUGGACACGCAGGGGGAAGAACAACCUUGGAGUGCUGCUGAUGCGGUUGCGGAGUGAGUUGCUGGCAGAGAGCCGAGCCGAGUAG